CCAAUUUCUUUAUCUUUAUUAGCCCAAACAAACUCUCUCUCUCUCAAAGUCUCUCUCCAAUUUCUUUAUUAGCCCCAACCCUCUCUCUCACUUCCUCCCUCUCUCCAUUUCUCAGAGAAAAUAUCCUUGGAUUGCUUAGCUCAGACUCAGCUACCUUCAUUCAAUCCCAUCCUUAAUUUCAUCAUGAAGAAGAACAAUCAGGAAACAUCAUUAAUCAACAAGGAGAAUCAGCAGCCAAACGUUGUUGGCGGCGAAGAUUCCUGUCGAACUCCGACCAGCCAGCGCGACAGGAUUCCGGCCGCCGUCAUCUGUCCGCCGGCGCCCCUGAGACCGAAGAGGACGGUGCUGGGCAAGAGGAAAGUUUCCCAGAUUCAGUUCUUCGAGAACAGUAAUGGGCGUAAGGAGAUUGAGGUUUUCUUCGCGUCCUUCUCUGAGCUUCCAAGGGUUGCACCCUCUGCUUUGAAGAAGAGACUUUUCGUAAGUCAAUGAAGCCUUGACUAACACUCGGAAGUACAUAAUUCUUUCCAGUUUUUUUUUUUGAAUUUCCUUUUAUUUACGGUCUCCUCAAUCCUCAUGUAUUUAUAUAAUUAAUAAAUAUGUACGCCUUAAUUAGAUUUCUGGGAUUUACUUUAUAUAAUAAAAAAAAAUCAAAAGAGAUGGUAUCUUUUUUUAGUUUUUUUUUGGAUUUGGGCGUAUUUGAAUUAACCAUAGAUGUAGUUUUGCUAGAUUUAUUUACCUCGAGGCAUACACAUUUAUCAAUAUCAGCUGAUGUACUCUUGUUCUUAUUGAAUGUUCUGUUUAUUCAUGAAUUGGGUCUCUAUUUCAUUUA